AUGAAGUCACACAUCAUUGCAGAAUUCCUAGCUGAAUUCCCGUUAGAAGAAGAUGACGGGGUAGAGGAGAUGAUGGACGUAGAUGAAGGACGCCCGAACCCAAAGGAUCUGCUACAAGAAAUCCAUCCUCGAAGAUCGAAGAUAUUCGUUGAUGGGUCUACAAACAGCUCAGGAGAAGGUAUGGGGAUAGUAUUCACUUCAAUAGGAGGAGUCAUAAUUGUAUUUUGCUUCCGCUUAGAAUAUAAGGCAACUAAUAAUGAAGCCGAAUAUGAAGUAGUAGUACAAGCUUUAAGGAUUGCGAUCGAAAUAGGAUUGGAUGACGUAAGAAUUACCAGCGAUUCACAGCUAGUAGUUCGCCAAAUUGAGGGGGGGUAUAACGCGGUUGAUCCAGUGAUGCAAAAGUACUUACAACUUGUAAAGGAGUAUUUUGCCGAGAUACCAAGAAUAAUUUGGAGGAACAUAGGCCGAUAUAAUAACAGACACGCAGAUGCUCUUGCCUUUAUAGCUUCAAUGAUUGAAGACCCGAAAAUUUGGCAUAUCCGGAUUGAACGGUUGAUUCAGCCAUCAGUAAGCCGGGAAGAGAAGGAACUGAGGGUUAUGAUCAUUGAAGAAGGAGAUAUGGAGGUAGAUGAAAACGAUUGGCGAGCCCCUAUCUACAACUAUUUGAUGAAAGGAGAUCUCCCGCGAGAUAGGAAAGAGGCAAAUAAUAUUAAAAGCAAAGCCACGAACUACGAGGUACGAGAAGGGAUACUGUAUAGAAGGUCAUAUAUGGGCCUUUUGAUGAGAUGCUUGUCGCGAAAAGAGGGAAUAGAGAUUAUGAAAUCAAUUCAUUAUGGAGAUGCUAGAAACCACAGCGGGACCAUAUCCUUAGCUCACAAGACAAGGACACAAGGUUACUUCUGGCCAUACAUGCACAAAGACGCAAAAGACAUCUCCACGAGAUGCGAGGCAUGCCAAAGGUAUGUGAAAAAAAUACAUUCCCCGUGUACUAGCUUGAACUCUGUAUUAAGUGUUUGGCCAUUUGACAUGUGGGGGAUAGAUAUUGUAGGACCAUUCGUUACACGGACUAAGAAUAGGGGGUAUUUAGUAGUGGAAACAGACUAUUUCACGAAAUGGGUGGAAGCUAAAGCCCUGCAACACACGAUAGAUGGAUAUGUAUAUGACUUCGUCCUAGAGCAUAUCAUAUGUAGAUUCGGGAUACCGGUUUUAAUUUUUUCGGAUAAUGGAAAUCAAUUCGAAGGGGAGAAUGUGAACAUGCUAUUUAACACCUUCAAGAUUCAAUCCGGGAAGUCGACUUCGCUAUACCCGCAGAGUAACGGGCAAGCGGAGGCCACAAAUAAGACAUUAGUGUCUAUGUUGAAGAAGAAGUUGGAAGGUCACCAUAAAGGAUGGUGUGAGCAUAUCCCACACGUGCUAUGGUCAUAUAGUCACACUAGGCGAGAUGCCACUGGAAUGUCCCCCUUUUGCUUGACAUAUGGAAUGGAGACAGUCUUUCCAACCGAGGCCAUCCUCCCGACAACCAGGAGAGAAGCAUGGGAAAAGAGGCUAAACUCAGAUUUAAUACUCGCAAAAUUGGAUGACCUCGAAGAAAAUAGAGAAACCGCGUUACAUCAUAUGAAGAACUAUCACCAAAGGCUGUCAAGAGAAUAUAACAAGAGAGUGAAAGCACGAUGUUUUGUGCCAGGAGACCUUGUACUGCGGGAGAUUCCACCAUACCAGAAGGGAUCAGGAGGGAAGAUGGAAUCCACGUGGGAAGGUCCAUACAUCAUGAAAAGGGUAGUUGGAAACGAGGCAUACGAAUUGGCAUAUUGCGAAGGGAAAAACACAGACGCGGAAGGGAAGAUAAUAUACGACGAAAUCAAAGGGAAAGAUCGAAAGAUGGAUCACCCUUGGAACCCUGUGUAUAUCAAGAAGUAUUAUCCAUGA